CAUCCGGCCGUGGGGUUUAAAGGUCAACUAAGGACUAGACUGCAGAACAGGGAGUUGGCUCCACCCUCAGCCAAGGGAGCUCCACCUUUCUCUCUCCCCCCCCCCGACCCCCGCGCAAAGCAUGCUGGUAGUCAUGGGUUGCGCGAGGCCGUAGGCCCACCACGCUAUAGGACGGGUCUAUUGCUUUGCGUUUUCCUCCCAACUUCGGUACUUCCGGGAUAUCGGGUCCCUAGUAUACGCCGUCGAGAUUCCAGCUUGCUUGUCCCUGUCCCUAUGUAGGCGGACCAGACCCUGAGCUUCCAUCCUGAGCCAUCGGAUCCCACCGCGCACCGGCCAUGCAUGGGAAGCUGCUGCCGCUGGCCGGCCUCUAUCUUGUGCAGGGUCUGCCCUAUGGACUGCAGUCCAGCUUGCUGCCCAUUUUAUUGCGGGCCCGUGGCCUUUCCCUAACGCGCGUGGGUCUGACUAAGGGAUUGUAUGCUCCAUGGCUAUUGAAGCUGGCAUGGGCACCGUUGGUGGACAGGCGGGGCUCCCCGCGGGUGUGGUUAACACUCAGCACAGUGUCCCUGGGCCUCGUGUGCGGACUGCUGGCUGUGUUGCCUCCCUCGCAAGCUAGCCAGACAGGGCUGCCCACCACCGUGAUGGGGCUGCUGCUGCUGCUGAAUCUGGGUGCAGCAGUGCAGGAUGUGGCUCUGGACACACUCGCAGUGCAGCUCCUGGAGCCAAAGGAGUUGGGACCUGGAAACACUGUACAGGUGGUGGCUUACAAGCUGGGAUCCGCACUGGCUGGGGGUGGGCUGUUGGUCCUCUUCCCCACCCUCUCUUGGCCAUUGCUCUUUCUGCUCCUAGCUGCCACCUACUGGUUGGCUGCUGCCUUAGCCUGGGCUGCACCAGCUUUGAGAAGGCUGCCAGGGCCUCAGGUCUCUGAGCAUACCCCCAACACCUCUUAUGGCCUACAAGAUUUGCUGGUUGUGCCUGGAACCCUCUGGACGGCAGGCUUUGUGCUCACCUACAAGCUGGGUGAGCAGGGUGCUGGCAGCCUGUUUCCACUUCUUCUGCUGGACCAUGGUGUUUCUGCCUCAGACAUGGGGCUAUGGAGUGGCUUGGGUGCUGUGACCUGCUCCAUUGCUGGCUCCUCCUUGAGUGGGGCUCUACUGGCCAGGCACUGGCCGCCACUGUCCCUGUUGAGAUCAGUGCUGCAGCUUCGCCUUGGGGGUUUGGCCUGCCAGACUGCUCUGCUCUUCCACCUCAACACCCCAGGGGCUAGGCUGGAUCCUGGCACAGUCAUGAGAGGGGCAGCUUUGCUGAGUAUAUGUCUACAACAAUUCCUGGGGGGUGUGGUCACCACUGCCACAUUCACUGUGAUGAUGCACUGCAGCCAGUUGGCACCCAGAGCCCUGCAGGCCACGCAUUACAGCUUCCUGGCCACCCUGGAACUGUUGGGCAAGCUGCUACCAGGUACCUUGGCUGGAGUGCUGGCUGACGGCCUGGGGCCACAUCUCUGCUUUGCCGCCUUCCUUGUACUCUCAACCCUACCUGUCCUGGAUCUCAGCCUGGCACCUAAUAACCUGACCUGAGCUGGAUGUUAGGGCUGUCUAUA